GAAGCCGCGAUGGACGCAGCCAAGUCACUCGGUCUCUUCCUACGCGCGUCGCCGACGCCCUACCAGAUGGUGGAGACAGCAUCGAACAUGCUUGUGCGAGCAGGCUUCAAGAGACUGCCAGAGGACGACGUGUGGAAGCUUCAAGGACAAGCUGCGGCCCCGGGCAAGUACUUCUACAUCAGGGCCGCCAGUACCAUCGUGGCCUUUGCAGUGAGCGCAGCCAUGGAGAAGGGAAGUGGAUACAAGAUUGUCGGAGCCCACACAGACAGCCCUGUACUGAAGGUCAAGCCUGUGUCGAAGAAGAAUGCGUCUGGAUACAUGCAGCUUGGAGUCGAAUGCUACGGAGGUGGACUUUGGCAUACUUGGCUCGACAGGGAGUUGUCCUUGGCAGGGUGUGCGAUUGUGGAGGAGAAUGGAGUGUACAGGAGGAAGCUUGUCCACAUGAAGAGGCCUGUCCUCCGCAUUCCCAGUUUGUGCAUUCAUCUGCAGACUGCCGAUGAGCGAGCAAAGCUCGAUCUCAACAAGGAGACCCACCUCGUACCUAUCCUUGCCAUGGUGAAUGAGGAGUUGAACAAGACCUCGGCGGAGGGAGCAGACUCCCGCCAUGCUCCAGAACUGCUGUCGGCUCUUGCGGAGGAGCUUGGUUGCACGGCAGCAGCCAUCAAGGAUCUUGACCUGACCCUGUAUGACACUCAACCUGAACAGAUCUGGGGCCUCAAGAACGAGUUCCUCAGCUCUCCCAGGCUGGACAAUCAGGCCCACUGCUUCACCGCCUUGGAGGCCCUGGUCAGUUACACCAGCAGUCCCGAGUUCAACAAAGAUCCUUACGUGUCCGCCGUCGUUUGCUUCGACCACGAGGAGGUUGGCUCCACCAGUGCGCAUGGCGCUGGUAGCCCGAUCAUCAAGGAGCUGGUCGAGCGCGUGAACAACUGGUAUCACUCGGAACACUUAGUGGAGCACAACAAGAUUGCCCUUCAGAAAUCCUUUAUAAUCUCAGCUGACGUGGCUCAUGCCGUGCACCCCAACUAUGCCAGCAAGCACGAGUCCAACCAUGGGCCCCUGCUCAACAAGGGAACUGUGAUCAAGACGAACACCAACCAGCGGUAUGCCACUAGCGUCACCACCGGCUUCGUCAUCAGAGAGCUCGCAAGGCGUGCGGGGAUCAACGUGCAGGAGUUCGUGGUGCGGAACGACUGUCCUUGCGGAAGCACUAUCGGGCCGAUCGUUGCGGCUAGCACUGGAAUCAGCACCGUUGAUGUUGGGAUUCCGUCUUUGAGCAUGCACAGCAUCAGGGAAACCAUCGGAGUCCACGAUGUUGAGAACAGCAUCAAGCUGUUCAGCUCCUUCUUCGUCAACUACAACGACAUCAUUGGAAACUGUGAGUUCUGAAGGAGAGAAUGUUGGGUGACCAACAAAGGUCACGUAGAAUCAUCUGAUGGUGAGAAGAGAGUUGUUGUUAUGAACAUCUGUC